UGAGACAUGAAAAAUUUUAAAAGCACCUAAGUGAGAUCUGUGCUCCUAAUGAAAGAAGAUUGUGAGGAUGGAUUACUACAGCCAGUCGUCCGUCAUCCCCUGUGGAAAAGACAAAUACAUUUCAAAGAACGAGCUGCUGUUGCACUUAAAGACGUACAACUUGUAUUAUGAAGGUCAGAAUUUGCAGCUCCGGAACAGAGAGGAGGAAGGCGAGUUCAUCGUCGAGGGUUUGCUGAAUAUCUCUUGGGGCUUGCGCAGGCCCAUCCGGCUGCAGAUGCAGGAUGACAACCAAAGGAUCCGCCCCCCUCCGUCCUCCUCCUCUUGGCAUUCUGGCUGCAACCUGGGCACACAUGGGUCUGCAGUGAAACCAAGUACCUUACCUGCUAUUCAGAUUACCGAAGCUGAGGCCCCCGCAGAUGCUGAUGGCUCAGAGAGUGGACCAGAAGUCCAAGACUUAAAACCCCAACAAGAGGAAACACCACAGUUGAUGCGGACCCGAAGCGAUGUGGGAGUCCGUCGCAGGGGGAAUUUCCGUACUCCAAGUGAACAGCGGCGGAUCAAACGGCACCGGUUUUCUAUCAACGGGCAUUUCUACAAUCACAAAACAUCUGUGUUCACACCAGCCUAUGGCUCAGUCACUAAUGUCAGGAUAAACAGCACAAUGACCACUCCUCAAGUUCUCAAACUGCUGCUCAAUAAAUUUAAGAUUGAAAACUCUGCUGAAGAAUUUGCAUUGUAUAUUGUCCACACCAGUGGAGAAAAACAGAAAUUGAAGGCUACAGAUUAUCCACUGAUUGCUCGAAUUCUGCAGGGGCCAUGUGAACAGGUUUCUAAGGUUUUCCUGAUGGAGAAGGACCAAGUUGAAGAAGUCACCUAUGAUGUGGCUCAAUACAUCAAGUUUGAAAUGCCAGUUCUUAAAAGCUUCAUCCAGAAGCUCCAAGAAGAAGAAGAUCGUGAAGUGAACAAACUCAUGCACAAAUACACAGUCCUCCGGUUAAUGAUUGAACAAAGACUAGAAGAGAUUUCUGAGAGCCCAGCAAUGAUCUAAGUUCUUCUCAGUGCUGUGCUGCAAGCUUGUCUCUGACAGGUCUUUUGAAGAAUAAAUGUUUACAGAAAGAACAGAAUGAACAGGUGCACUCCAUCUUGGGAGCCAAACCUGAAUGCAAAACCUUGCCGAGACUUGAACUGCUUUGUUGUGACCUGUACCCGCUCAGCAGGUGUGGAUGUGUAGGAGUCAAUGAUCUCCUUCUGCAGAAGGAAAAUCUUUGUCAUUUUUCUUUCCCUCCUCUCUAAGGAAAUGAUUUUCAGAAUGCAAGGGUUCAUAGGAGUGUAUAAAAAAACAAAAAAACCCACACUUCAUCAGAAGCCAUUUUACACCUGCCAUGCACAGGCGCGUUCCUCUGGUUGGCACACUGAAAGGAGGCUUUGGGGAUUUGCCCAUCAAGGCUGGUGUGCCAUGGCAGCAUGCUUUGACCUGCAGCCUCUACACUGAAGAAGCAGCUGCUUUAGGAGGUGGAUCAUGCCCCUUUGUUUCUCACUUUGCCCCAUUCAGCAAUACUUAUCCGUGCUUCAGCACUGCCGUUAGUAUGCGAAAUUUCCAUGUCUGGAUACAAAAGACAAAACAAAACUCCUGUUCCCUGAAGCCAGUGAACCAGCUUGUGCUAUGCCAGCACAUCCAGGCUAUGUCUACACUGCCCCAUGAAUGAAAAACUUGUCAUUCCCAGGGGAUUAAAGUCCCCUCCCUGAAAGACCAAAAUUUUGCCGCAGCAAGUGGCAGUUGAAUGGCUCAUUGUUGGCAGAAGCGCACUCCUGCCGACAACACAAAUCUUGCUCGUAGGAGAUGGAAGUAUUUUGUUGGCAAAAGUGCUGACAAACAGCAUCUGUGCUGCCAUAUCAACAUGGUCAUGUCACUAAAGCAGUGUAGUGUGGACAAAGCCUUAGAAAGUACUAGUCUGCAUCAAUGUUCCAGACCCAGUGCUAUUAGCCACUUGAUUGCUGCCAACCUCAGCUGGUGCCAGCAUGUAAUGUUUUAUGAAGUAUGUUCCGUGAAGCUUUUUCCCUCGUGCAGGAUGCUCUUCCGUUCAUUUUUCCUGUUCAGAGUGUUCUCCGAGUGCGCCGACAACCGAGAGACCAGCAUUUUCCCCCGCAUAGUACAGAUGGGAGGUCAAUCUUGUUCCCCUCACUUGGCCCUUCCUGCCUCAUACACUCACUGCCAGUGCAUGCUUUCUGUGCACCCGCACGUGGCCUCUGGUCUCCCCCAGUGUAUUGCCAUGGGCUUGAGGCAUGGGGCCAGAGUGGCACGUUGAGGACUAUUCCACGGAGUGUUGGCAUGUGAGAAGAUGCAAGCUGUGCUCUCCUGUCUGGUGCUUGGCUCCUCGCUUUCAUCUGUGGGUCCCUGAGGGUGUGUCUGUGCUGCAGCUAGCGGUGUAAUUCCCGGCUUGGGGAGAUGCGCACAUACUAGGUUCGACUGAGCUAGAUGCCAACGAUAGCAGCAUUGGUACAGCAGCACUGGAAGCAGGGGACACUAGCUCCUGAAGUAGAAUCCCAUCCAAGGCUCUAGGGCAAUAUUUGGGCAGUUGGCUUGUGCCACAGUUGCUACACCUUGAUAUUUAGCACGCUGGCCUGAGCUGGAAAUCACAGCAACUCUUCCCAAAGUGAGGAGACUGAGGAAUGAGCAGGAAGGGGAGGCCCUAGAGGACUGAUGGGAGACCAACAAUAGCUGGAAAAAAAGAGCGGCACUUUCCUCAGUUGGGAGCCUUGACAACCUUGUCCUCCAACAUAGAUGCUGGCACAAAAUCUCAUAGGAGGACUCCUGCAAUGGGGACGUGUUCUGGAAGUCAUUAAAGUUACAACAGUUGGUGAUUUGGGCUGCUCUGUCCUUCAGAGCUUGGAGUCUGUUGGUCGUGGUGUGGAGUUGGGAGUGGGGGAGAGGAAUGUUCAUUCGCUACCUUCUACAAUGAGGCUUGUGGGGUGGGUCUGGUCCUGUGUGGUGCUGAGCUCUCUCUAUAUGUAAUAGGCCUGAUUUUUCCCCUCUCUGUAAAUCAGGAGUAACUCUGAUGUCAGUGGAGCCUUGUUUUAGUAACUGAGUUGGUAGCUUUGAGAUAUGGCAGGGAGGGGUCUGAUAUGGUGGUUCCCAACCUUUUUUUAUGCCUCAGACCGACAAACCUAUUCACAAAUGUUUGGCAGAUCGGUAACAUUUAUUUACACAGUCAUUAUGAACAGGGCUCACUGAACCGUGGUGAGCCCCGCUCGCCAGCCAUGCUAUCCGGCGAUCUGCGCAUGCCAGAACCCGGCUCUUCCGGGUUACAAUCUACUCGCCACGGGCGAUCAGACUGUAUAAUUUGUCGAGCCCUGAUUAUGAAUAUGCUAAUAUGCAAAUAAAAUGUUAUCGGUCUGCAUAGCCCCAAUCCAGUCCCUUGCUCCCCAGUGCCUAACACCCUUCGACCCCUCUACUCCUAUGCCCCAUGCCCUUUGCCCCUUUAACCUCUGACCCCUAUAGCCCAUGCCAAAGUCCUGUUGACCCAUAACCCCACCAUGACCCCACCCCACCCCCGUACUCACCAGAACAAGGCUGCCUCUUCUAGGUAGCGCGGCCAUUAUGGCAGGGAAAUUGGCCUUCCUCCCUCCCCAGAUGCAUCUUGCGC